AUGGCGUCGGGAUAUGGAAUGCAUGGGGGCGUUGGACGCUGCUUUCCCUUCUGGCAAGAAGUCAUGGCAUGUUACGUCGUCAACACCACUGCUGAGGACGAUCACGGGAAGAAGAAAUGUUCGCCCGGGCUGGAGGACUACUACGAGUGUUUGCAUCACAAGAAAGAGCAUGCUAGAGCUGUAGCAAUGAAGGCGGCGUAUGCCAGAUCAGAAGCCGCGACACCUCGAGACGAUGCCCCAAGCGCCAAACAAAUACGGAAUUUGGGACUGCUGGGUAAGGAGGAAGACACAAAAAAGGUGCUUCAUCAAGCAUAA